CGCAGCGUAGCGAGCAGGAGCGGAGGGUCGCAGCGAAUAUAGAUGGCUUUAUAUCGUUAUUGCCUCAAUAUCACAUAUUUCUUCCUCAGUUGUUAACGUUAGAGGAACUUUGUCUAUCAUUUUGAGGCAGAGCACACCCAGGCUGUGAACUUAUUUGACAGAAUCGAGCAGCGAGUGGAGCGGGUGGGUGUUUUCUCUGGGAAAAGUGGCUAAGCUUAGCUAGGUAACCUUAGCGCCUCUUGCCACGGGGAAGGCGAGCACAGCGCGGCCGGAGAAAUGCUAUGGUGGGUUAGCUGUCAGCGUUAGCGCUUCUCAUGUCCACGGAUCAGCUUUGAGGUGGUAUCACAGGCACAGUGGAAGAGAGACAACAAUCCAGACGUCGCCACCAUGUUGGAGGAAGACAUGGAAGUGGCCAUCAAGGUGGUCGUGGUCGGCAACGGGGCUGUUGGCAAGUCCAGUAUGAUCCAGCGUUACUGCAAAGGGGUCUUCACAAAGGAUUACAAAAAGACCAUUGGAGUGGACUUUUUGGAAAGGCAGAUAGUUGUGAAUGACGAAGAGGUGCGACUGAUGCUGUGGGACACUGCAGGCCAGGAGGAGUUCGACGCCAUCACGAAGGCUUACUACCGAGGUGCCCAGGCAUGUGUGCUGGUCUUCUCCACCACAGACAGGGACUCGUUCCAGGCGAUCGACAGCUGGAGGGAGAAGGUGGAAGCAGAAGUUGGAGAUAUUCCCACAGUUCUGGUGCAAAACAAAAUUGACCUCCUGGAAGAGACUGUUAUUAAAAACGAGGAGGCGGAAGCAUUAGCUAAAAGGCUGAAGCUCAGGUUUUACCGCGCUUCGGUGAAGGAGGAUCUUAAUGUCAACGAGGUUUUUAAGUACUUAGCUGAAAAGUAUCUGCAACGACUCAAACAGCAAACAGCAGAGGAGACGGAGGUGGUUCACACAACAAGCAAUAAAAUAGGUGUUUUUAAUACCACCAGUAGUAGUGUCUGCAACCAGAGCUCCAGCAACGGCAGAGAAGUCAUCACUCUGCGACCUAACAAGCAGAGGACCAAGAAGAGUAAAAAUCCUUUUGGAAGCUGCAUCCUACUCUAGAAAAACACACGUCUAACUCAACAAACGACAAUAACUCUCCAGCCAGAUUGACUACAGUCGUAUAUUCAAUGGAGGUAGCCACAGAUAGAGACCAAAGCCCACACAGACUGAGAAAUACGUUACAUUGUACUACUUUAUUAACCUGAUUAUGUUUAUUCUGUGCCCUGGGUCGUUUCCACACGUUGUUAGUUGUAGUUUUUUUUUUUUUGUUUCAGCCACAGUUCACCAUCCUUGUUGUACACACUCGGGUCCUGGUUCAGGUUGCCUUAAGAAACACCUGCAGCUACAGUGUGUUGCCCCCAAACAAGUUCGCUUCUGUCCAUGUCACACUUUGUUUUUUUUCUUUUUUUGAAGAUGACUUGACGCUGACAUUGAAAUAUGUACCAGCAGAAAUUGCACUCUUUACUCUGAGGAAACAUUUCGUCCUGGGCGUGACCGCACCGUCACUCGUUCCAGUGUUUGACGUUUCAGCUGUGCAAUAUGUUUGCAUGUAUUGUAAACAAUAAGCAGAUUGUUUUGUACCAUAUUUUUCUAGUUCUCAACAGAACGUGGUCCGGGCUGUGCCGUCUGUCCCUGUCUAAAAUCCAGAGUUGGAUCUCUGCGUGAGUAUUUUUGUACGACGCACAACAGUGUUGGGUGAUAUUUUGUGCCAAAUUCUCUCUGAACUGUGGGUGUGUGUGUUACACUGCAGUGAUUUGGAUAUAACAUAGACAGAUUGACCGAAUGUGCUUCUGUGUUUAACCAAAUAAUGACCACUGACACUAAAGUUGUCCUUUAUAUAUAAUGUUAGCCUGACUUCUUCAGAUACACUAAUGAAAUAAUGGUGAUUCUAUCUGUCGCAAUCUGUUGCCUUCUGAUGGUUUUGACUGCAGUUGUUUACACUUUCUGUAUUUAAAAUAGCAACCUAAACAGCCAGCAGUGGUUCAACUGGUUAUAUAUUCAAAUUUAGCUAGAUUUCAAAAUUUUCCUCCACUCAACUUGGAAUAAUCUUUUCUUUUCCUUCCGAUUAUCUUGUGAAGUAUUCUUUUAAAUUCACCUUUAUAUGCGUAAUCCUUCUCUUCAUUAAAAAGCAGAGGCAUGUGCAGAGAAAGCGGAGCGCUCAGUAGUGUGCCUGUGGCACGGUGCUAUGGACAAGAUGCAAACCGACUGAAAACUCGGACUGUACGUUUUGCUGCAGAAGUGCUUGCGUGGGCCUGAAUAUGCAAGAAAAAGAUCUUCUCAUCACACGAUGGUACUCCCCAGAGUCCGUCGUCAGUUGUGAGCAGUUUGCCACUUGCCUUGUCUGCUCCGCGCCUUCCUUUAAACUCAUCUUGAGGACACUGGUUCACCAAGCACAAAGUGAUGUGGCUGUCUCAUCGUAAAUCUGUCUGAAGUCCCUAAAAUUUCGUUAUUAGUGGUGAAAAGUUGUGCGACACAGGGGGAUUUGAGUACAUGUGACAGCUGGGAAUACAUUUGCCUGCAUGCUUUAAUCUUUGUCUAAAAAAGAAAACUGUAACUGAACUCUGAUCUGUGUUCAGGUGUGGCUGGAUUCAUCUAUUCUUCCUCCUAAUUAGUCUGUUGUGAAAAUUUCCAAAAGCCGCUUUAACAUGUGUUCCACCAGCUCGACCAAUGGUACUAAAGACCGGGCGUUGUUUCAAUCCGUAUGUAAACUGUGCUGUUUUUUGGGGGGGUGAAAACAGUCAAAUGACAUAAGUGUACUGCAUGCAAGCCUUAUUUUCACGUCAGUGAAUGUUCAACAAUGGUUUCAAUGCCUUGUCUAUGUUUACAUUCUCCAUCAUCCAGAAAGCAUUGUAACUCCUCUUGCUGAAAUUGCCUGCACAGUGAAUCUGUAAAUAGUUACUUUACAAGCUUUCUUUCAUUUUGAACAUUGUGUUCAUCUUUUCUUCUUCUUCUUUUUUUUUGUGCAAUUUGACUGAAUAGUUUGAACGCACUUUACUGUUAAAACAACCUUAAAUCUCAAGAUAAAACUAACCAUACUCGCGUGCCGUCACUCAGGUGUAAUAAUGUGUCUUACUUUUACUCUUUUUUUUUUUUUUUUACAUCACUUCAGUUUCUCAUGUAUAGAUAGAAAAACCUACCUAUAAAUUCUAUCAUUUUGAACAAAAAAAAAAAGCAGUGCGGCAGUUUUUCUUUAACUGCAUCACAAACUGGAGUGUGCAGAUGCACAUAUGUUAUAUUUAGAGGAAAAAUGUUUGAUGGCAAUCCGAUACAAAUAAAAUUCUACUCUUCCUUGG